AUGGAAACCAAGGCGGAUACGGGGGUAACAGUGGUGGAUAUGGCGGCGGGUAUGAAGGAAAUGGCGGAUAUGAGGGUCAACACGGCGGGAAUAGAGGUGGCCACGGCGGCUAUGAAGGACGCGGUGGAUAUGAGGGUCAACACGGCGGGAAUAGAGGUGGCCACGGCGGCUAUGAAGGACGCGGUGGAUAUGAGGGUCAACACGGCGGGAAUAGAGGUGGCCAUGGCGGCUAUGAAGGACACGGCGGAUAUGAGGGUCAACACAGCGGAUAUGAGGGUCAACACGGUGGGAAUAGAGGUGGCCAUGGCGGCUAUGAAGGACACGGUAGCGGGAAGAGAGGUGGCCAGGGUGGGUAUGAGGAACACGGUGGGAACAGGGGUGGCCAUGGCAGUUACGACGGGUAUAGAGGCGGUCAUACAGGACAUUAACAUUAUCAGUUGA